AUGGGUAUUUGCCGCCACUUCUCAUGCUGGCACCGAGAACCAACACUGAACCAACAGUCUCCACUAUCCGCGCUGCUCUUAUUUCAACAACAUCUCAUCAAGCUUGAUUCAUUGCUUUCCUACUCUCCGAGCGGUUGAUAUUCUAUUUUGCGCUAUUCUAUGUCCACGUUAUCCGAGAAACUACGAAGGAAUGAGACAGAUCAAGAUGUCGACGAGGUCCUUGAUGACGCCCCUUUAGAACAAUUGUACGCGCGAAACUGGACCCAUGAUGCCGAAGAUUAUGAGGAAUAUCGACCUGGCGGAUUCCAUCCGGUUCAUAUCGGUGACCGCUUUGGGACUGCGGGGCAAUUUCGUGUCAUCCACAAGCUUGGAAGAGGCGGCCUGGCGACAGUCUGGCUUUGUCGGGAUGGGAAAGCGCAAAGAUAUGUCGCAUUGAAGAUAAUUCUUGCAGACGAGUCCCGUGAAGACUCUCCUGAGCUCGCGUUGGUAAAGAGAAAGCUGGAUUAUGGAGAAGCUGGUGGCGAGUUUAUUGCUGUCCCGCAUGAACAUUUUUGGCACCAUGGGCCUAAUGGUAGGCAUCUAUGUCUAGUUCUUCCAGUGCUUGGGCCAAGAGUCACCGCUGUGUGGAAUAGUGGCAUACGGGCAGUAUUCGCCCCAGAGGAACAAGUGCGAGUCUCUCAGGACGUUGCUUUGCAGGUCGCCCUUGGUUGCGAUUCCUACACAAGAACGGAAUUUGCCACGGUGGUGAGUCACUGAAUAAAAAAAGCUGUGUAGAUGUACUAACACCGAGCGUAGAUUUUUGGCCAUCUAACAUUCUUUUCAGACUUAUAG